GCAACAGGGAGAGCAUGCAAUCUUCACACCGACAGGCUCCGGCCUCCAGGAAGUCCUGAACCAGUAAGACUGAGGCAAGCUGCGACUGGAAUGGCAGUCAGACAAGUGGGUGUGCCCGAGCCGUCAGGUAGGCCGUGUCCAAACCUGCUCACCUUGUCUGCAGCUGAAGCAAACCCGCGGCACAUACCUGCAUUCAGGAAACAGUUACAGCCCGUCCGCUCUCCUCUACACCUCUAUCAACUUUCCUCUCUUGAGAAGUUUUUAUCCUUGAAACAGCAGACAUGUCACUCAAAGUGUUUUACGCCAGCGCCAGCGGUUGUAUGGAGAUGAAGAAAAAACAGGAGAGGAUCUUUUCUGUCUUGGAGUCAAAGAAGAUUGAAUUUGACAGAGUGGACAUCACUCAGGGGUCUGAUCAGAAGGAUUUAAUGAGGCAGAUAGCGGGGAACCAGACCGCACUGCCCCCGCAAAUCAGCAACGGGAACGACUACUGUGGGGACUUCGCUGCCUUUGAAAACGCCAUCGAGAUGGAAGAGUUGGAGCAGUUUCUGAAACUCUAAAAGAAAUGAAAACCAGCUAAUCCUAAUCCUGCUCUGACUGCAUUACUACACAUCCAGCUUCACCUACUGUGAGGACUCAGUAUCCUUAGUGCCACUCACAAUGUACAGCAAGCUGACUGGAAGAUGUUUACUUAUUUUUGACAAAGCAAGAGGAGAUUUCUUGGAAGAGAGAAUCAGGGAAACAAAAAACUUAGCGAAGUUUUGAGAAAAGUUAUUUUUUAAAGUUUAUAUUUAAACAUUUGUUCUCUUUUUCUGAUUUGGCAGUUACAUGUUUUGUUCAUAUUUGAUAAACAGUGCUCAAAGCAUUAACAAAUGUAAAUCAGAUUUAUAAUGAAAUGGACAUGGCAGUCUUGACAAUGCAUAUGACAGUUUUUUUAUGAUGAUAAUAAAAAAAGUCUUCUGUGUUCAUUGAAA